CAGACUUCAUCAUUUCUCCUUUCUCUUAUAUCUGUCUCGCCAACCAACACCAAAAAACACCUUCCAUAACAUUAAAAAAAACACACACACAGAUCUGCGCCUUCCACCAAAAAGCUUAGCAUUUCUAAAUAUCGGAAAGGAAAGAACUGCAUAUGCUGUGAUGAGCUCUGAGAGCGAAGAUUUUGGUCUUUCAGGCUCCUUGCACCUAAACAGUAUAGAUUGGACGGACUCAAAUCAUCGAAGGUCUGUAGCUGCUAGUUUGGUUCAGGGUGCCUAUAUUUUGGAGCGAGAUCGCCAAGAAAAACGUCAAGGUUCUCAAGCACUGGCUCCUCCAUGGUGGGAAUUCUUCCAUUUCAAGUUACUUCGUCAGCUUGUUGACGAUGCUGGUUCCUGCAUCUUUGGUUCCAUUUAUGAGUAUACACCGCCAUCAUCUCAUUGUAAUGACACAAUUGAUCGAAGCCCCCGCUAUGUGAUUGCCUUUCGAGGUACCAUAAAUAAACCCGACUCCUUCUCGAGAGACUUUAGUUUGGAUAUUGACAUCAUACGAAAUGGACUUCACCAAACUUCUCGCUUCGAGAUUGCCAUUACAGCUGUUCAAAAUGUGGUUGCUAUUGUGGGUGAUUCAAAUGUAUGGUUGGCCGGCCAUUCCCUCGGGGCAGCAAUGGCAAUGCUGGCGGGAAAGACCAUGGCUAAAACGGGCAAUUUCUUGGAAGCUUUCCUCUUCAAUCCUCCAUUCUUAUCUGCCCCUAUCGAGAGAAUCAAUGUUGGGAACGUGAAACAUGGACUGCGGUUUGCAAGCAGUCUCAUUACAGCAGGACUGGUUCUUGCCACAAAGGGAAAGAGUGAAACGAGUCGGUCUGAAGAUCCAUUUGCUAUUUUGUCUGCCUGGACUCCAUGUCUAUUUGUGAACCCUGCAGACCACUUAUGCUCUGAAUACAUUGGUUAUUUUGAGCAUAGGAAAAAGAUGGAAGAGAUUGGAGCCGGGGCCAUCGAGAGAUUAGCAACCCAGCAUUCAUUAAGAGAUCUAUUAAUGAGUGUCGUGAGAAGGGGUGAUGAAACAGCUGAACCACUGCAUUUGAUUCCUUCGGCAUAUUUGAAUGUGAAUCUUACCCCUUCACAAGAUUUCAAGCAAGCCCAUGGAAUACAACAAUGGUGGAGUCCAGAUCUGCACCUGAAGUGCAAUCUUUACAAGUAUAAAUAGAUCACCCUUAUCCAGGUUUUGCUUGUAUAUGAACACCAUUAGACGAAUCCUUUCCAUUGAUCUCUGUUUAAUGUUGCUGUGACCUUGUGGGUUAAGUUAAACGGAGAAACAUGUAUUGUUUUCCAUGUGACAGCAAACUGAUGAGUUCCUGUUGAUUUCCUUGUCAAAAGUAUAGAAUGUGAUUCCUUAUGCCAUAAUUUCUCAUC